GGUGUUGUGGGGUGUGAAUGCCUUGUGCAGUGUGACUCAGUUGAGUGUGGUUUGGUGGUUAAGUAGUAAAAUUGAGAUUGGCGCGUGUUAAAAGAGUUUUUUUAGAGUUUUGAUAUUCCAGAAGUAAAGAGCUGCCAAGGAGACGGGAUAUAGUAUGUAAUGCAAGAUUGACAGUUUGAAGUACGUCGAAGGACCUACAUUUUCCAGUGCCACUCCCUUAUGAAGCAUCGGUACCAACGGUAGCAAUGUUGGAAGCUGGUUGGUUUUUGAUACUGGCCUUGCCAUGUGUGGCUUCACAGAUUAGAACUUUAGAUUCAGAAAUGAGAUGCCCUCAGCACUGGGUCAGGUUUCAGUUGUCCUGUUAUCGAUUCAUCAAGUCCCCACUUCGUAACCGCAAUGAUGCCAGGAAGAAUUGUGAGGCAUAUCAGGCAGACUUGGUAAGUGUGAAUACUCCUGAUGAGCAUGGGUUCCUGGUGAAUGAACUGUUGUGGCAGGAUCCUCAGCAUCGUCGUUGGUACACAAGUGCACGUCAGCAGAGCCCCGACUAUUGGUUAAAUGGAGAUAACUCACAGAUAGUGAACAUGGACAAUGCUUUCCUCCCAGAUCAUCAGUCUACCUUCAAUAAGGAUUACUUGGUUUAUAGUUUCUCUAACCAGUUAAAACGUUGGGGCUUUGAACAAGUUGCUGGAGAUGAGCCCCUUCUCUUCAUCUGUGAAGCACCCAUUGACAGUUUGCAUUAUCUGGCGGUGGAUGACCGCACAUACCAAUAUGGUGUUGAUGUUGAAGAUCCCCUGAAAGUGCCGCGAGGUCCAUUCUUCAUCAAGCAGCCACAUGAUGUAGUAUUUGAUCUAUCAAAGAGAGAGAUAUUAAAUGAUGUCUCUUUGAGUUGUUUUGCUGGAGGUUAUCCAACACCUUCAUAUGAGUGGUUCAAGGAAGAUUAUGAGAAUGAUCGCUUAGUGUCUUACAAAGUAGACCCACUAAGUGAUCGUCGUUAUACACUAAGUGGUGGAACCCUGAUCAUUCAUGACCCAAGACAGAUUGAGGACAGAGGCACGUACCAUUGUAAAGCAACAAAUGAAUUUGGUACAAUAAUAUCAGAGAGCGUGCAGCUUGCUUUUGGAUUUAUUGGGGAAUUCAACUUAAAGAGAUCUCCAGAGAGUGGAAAUCAGAAUUGGGGAAAAUCGAUUUACUGUGAUCCUCCUCAGCAUUUCCCAGAUGUAAACUACUACUGGGCCCGUGACUACUUCCCAAAUUUUGUGGAAGAGGAUAAACGUGUGUUUGUAUCUUUUGAUGGUGCCCUCUAUUUUUCGGCCCUGGAGAACAUUGAUCGAGGGAACUACAGUUGUAAUGUACAGAGCAAAGUCUCUGACAAAGGUCGCAAUGGACCCUUUUUUCCCUUGCGUGUCCUACCAUAUCCAAAUUACCAGCAGUUGAAAUUUCCAAAUAAUUUCCCAAAGGCUUUUCCUGAAGCUCCUGUAGCAGGCCGUGAGGUUCGUUUGGAAUGUGUUGCUUUUGGAUACCCCGUACCAUCUUACAAUUGGACUCGUAGAGGUGCAAGCUUGCCAAAGGGUGCCAUCACUACCAACUACAAUCGAGUACUGAUUAUACAGAAAGUCCAAGUGGAAGAUGAGGGAGAGUAUGUAUGUCGAGUAACCAAUGAUAAAGCAGCUAUUGAACACAGUGUGAUCCUUAGCAUACAAGCUGAACCAAACUUCACAAUUCCUCUGCUAGACAAGCAUAUGGAUAAUAAAGGAGAGCUUACAUGGACAUGCGAAGCAUUUGGGAUUCCUGAUGUAAAUUACACAUGGUUCAGAAAUGGAGAAAUGUUGGAUGUGAACAAAUUACCUCAUGAGGACCGUGACCGCUACAUUAUUGUUGAUAAUGUACUGACAAUAAAGUAUUUAGAUCCUGAAAGAGAUCAGGCAAUGUACCAAUGUCGAGCCAGAAAUGUUCUUAAAACCAAGUAUUCAUCAGCGCAGUUAAGAAUUCUCUCAUUGAAACCCUCUUUCAAGAAACGACCCCUUGAAUUGGAAACAUAUGCUGCAGAAGGCGGAAAUAUAACAAUAAUAUGUAAUCCUGAAGCAGCACCAAGACCCAAAUUUGUGUGGAAAAAAGAUGGUAACGUUAUUGGUGGUGGUGGUCGUCGACAUAUUCUAGAAAAUGGUAAUCUCAUAGUUAGUCCUGUUUCUCGAGAUGAUGCUGGCCUAUACACGUGCACAGCAUCAAAUUCUUAUGGAUCUGAUGAGAGCAAAGGGAGACUAAUUGUGUUACAGGCUCCUAGGUUUGUUGAGCGUAUGAGAACCCGUAUUGUGACUGCAGUGGAAGAUGAUAUGAGGCUUAGAUGCCAAGCCGAGUCAGAGGAAAUCCUAGACCUUGCCUACAUAUGGACACAUAAUGGCCUUCGCAUACGAGAUACAGAUCUCAUUCAUACACGAUCUACUGUUGAUGGCGGCAUGUUGGACAUCAGAAACAUAACAUUUGCAGAUGCUGGAGAUUAUGAGUGCAUCAUCAAAACUGCAGUUGGUAGAAUCUCAAGCAAAACAUCUGUGUUUGUGCAUGGACCUCCUGGACCACCUGGUGGUGUCCAAGUUUUAGAAGUGAAGAAGACAUCAGCUAUCAUCCGUUGGACUGAUGGUGCCUCUAAUGGUCUUAUCAUUGACAGAUACUUGAUAUCUGGCCGAACAAAUUGGAAUAACACGUGGAUUAAUAUAACACACAAUAUUGAGGCACGAGAAAUAGAUCGCUACACAGGUAGGAAAGAGGCUGUUAUUGAGAGCAGCCUAUCUCCAUGGUCAAUCUAUGAAUUUCGUGUUACUGCUGGCAAUGAACUUGGAUAUGGAGUUCCCUCUGCACCAUCUCCUCAGUACAACACUCCUCCAGAUAGGCCUUAUAGAGCACCAGCAAAAGUUGGUGGAGGAGGUGGCAAGAUUGGUGAUCUGACCAUUGUAUGGGAGCCAUUGACAUCAGAGGAUCAAAAUGGACCAGGAAUUCACUAUAAGAUAUUUUGGCGUCGUUCAGAACAUGACACAGAAUUCCAGACUCUACUGCUGAAAGAAUAUGGAAAUGUUGGCAUGCAUGUUGUACGCAUACAGCAUGAAUUCUACUAUACAAAAUAUGACAUCAAAGUGCAGGCCAUCAAUGAUAUUGGGCCUGGGCCAGAGUCAGAAGUUGUUACAAUAUUCAGUGCUGAAGAUAUGCCCCAGGUGUCUCCAGUGCAAGUGUCUGCUAGAUCAUACAACUCUACCGCACUUAAUGUAAGCUGGCUGCCCAUUGAACAGACUCGGGAAAAGAUUCGUGGAAAGCUUAUUGGCUACAGGCUAAAGUAUUGGAAGGAUGGUUCCAGUGAGCAAGAUGCAGUAUAUUAUUUGAGUCGAUACCAGCGUCCAUGGGCCAUUAUAGUUGGUCUUCAGCCUGACACACUAUAUUAUGUGAAAGUAAUGGCCUACAACUCUGCAGGAGAGGGUCCCGAGAGUGAACGUUUCCUGGAAAGAACCUUCAGGAAGGCUCCUCAGAAGCCACCAUCAGCCGUAUCUGUAUAUGGAGUGGAUCCCUCAACUGUACGAGUUGUUUGGCGUUAUGUUGCUCCCAGUUUGGAGGAAGAACCUCUUAUUGGUUAUAAGGUUCGUGUAUGGGAAAUAGACCAGGACAUGAGUACAGCUAAUGACACCAUUGUCCCAGUUGGUUCCAGUUUAGAAGCAUACAUUCACAAUCUGUCUCCAGGAAAGGUAUAUCGUAUGCGAGUUUUAGCAUUCUCCAAUGGUGGUGAUGGACGAAUGUCAUCUCCUGCCCUUACUUUCCAGAUGGGUGAUGCAGCAACAUUCAGAAACAGGGGCUCCCAUAAUGUAGUAGGCACUUCUGCAGUUGCAUGUUUGUUACUUGUAUGGAUUCUGGGUGUGGUAUGAUACUUCGAACUACAAGUCAGCUGUGCUACUUACCUCAAGUGCUCUUAUGAAGCCUGUGGUUUUGGAAACCAAAAGACAAUUGACUGCUUGAUGUUAAAAUAUAAUGUGAAAAGCAAGUAAUGAAGCUAACUACUUGAGUGCUGAAUGUAUGAAAACAAGUCAGAUUUUAUGUUCAUGAUGAUUUCCAAUGGCUAUAUUGAUUAGUAAUAAACUCAGAAAUCCUAACUUAUAGGUCCUGUUUCAUUUGCCACAUCACAUAAUU